CCAGCGCUCUGAUGAUGAUGACUCCCAGCGCCCCGAUGAUGGUGGCGAGCCAUUAUCAGGAUGCUGAUGUCGAUGGUGGUGAUGAACCGCACCCUCCUGAUGAUGACGAUGAUGAUGAUGAUGAUAACGGCUUUGAAGAUGAUGAUGAUGGUGAUGAUGAUGCUGAUGAUGCUGCUGCUGCUGCUGAUGACGACGACGGCGCACAGCACCCUGCGGACAGAAAAGAUGCUGCUGAUGAUGAUGGUGACGAGCAGCCCCCUAACUAUUGAUGAUGUUGUUGCUGCUGCUGCUGAUGAUGAUGACGAGCAGCCCCCUAAUGAUGCUGAUGCCGACAAACCUUGACUA